CACAGAAAAUCAUUAUUUACCAAUCACUUUCAAAUCAUCAGGACAAUCAAUCAAAUUUCAAGUAGGCAUGCUCAAUCCAUUCCCGAUUCUGCUCUUCUUCUUCCCGCUGCAGCCCGAGAAAAAAAAAAAAAGGGGGAACCCAGCCAGCCUUGAGGAAACCGGUAGAAAGCUUGGUUUUUGGCCUUCUUUUCUUGCUCUAGAACCUGAUUGGAACCCAGAAAUUCUCCCCCCUGCAGGAAGCUUCCGGAUCUGCUCUGCUCUUCCCUCUGCUGUCCGCCGGCUGCUCUUGUUUGUGGGGGUGAUUUGCUCCGAUUUUGGGUAAGAAACAGCCAUGAAUCUCCCUUCUUUAGCUUGAUUUAGCUUGGGUUUAUCUUAAUUGCUCUUGUUCCUCCAAUUUUUGGGUAAACCCGUGAGCUUCCCUUGCACUUGCCGCCGGCUUCUCCCCCCUGCUAGGCCCGGUUCUGCUAGCUGCAAAUCUGGUUCCCGAUCGUUCUGCCAGUUAGCAUUGAGAUUGAGUGCUCGGUUUUAUGCAAGUGAGGUAAGUAAAUUUAUGGUAAUGCCCAUACUGUUUUAAAAGCAUGUUUUGAUUUGUUUUUGAAGUGGUGGCGGGACUAAACCCGUUUUACACAAGUAUGACUGAUUUGAAGUGAAAUGUUUAUGUUUUUCAUGAAAUUGAGCAUGCCUCCUUGAAAUUUAAGUGAUUGUCCUGAUGAUCUGAAAGUGACUUGAAAGUGAUUGUGAAGUGUGAUUUUUCUGUUAACUUCUGCCUGUUUUGUCUCCGACAUGGUCAUGUAUUCGUGUGCCCGCUAGUGGGAGGUUU